AUGUCCCCACCGUUGUUGAACCAUCUGGAUCCAUCGGCGAUCUCGUCCGUUGACUACCAGAACCAGAUUUGGAAUUACUACACUUUGUGUGCGAUGUUCGACACCUUUUUUGGUGAGAAGGAACUGUGGGAGGUCGUGACGAACUCCAUCGCUACUGCGCGCAUCGUCAUCCAGUCUGUCGUAGUUGCUGACGUAUGUGCCUCUCUUUGGCGCAUUAUUACGAACCGCCUCCAACAAACGUAUACUCUGGGUGUCAACGGCUCUGCCACUACCAUUCAAACGCGAACCCAACUUGCAGCCGUCACGAAUGCCGUUGCGGCCUCGGGCCCGCACCCCAAGCGAUUACGCAACCGAUGGCUCCGUUCAUGUUUUGAACGCAUUCACUAUUCCAAGCUAUGCUCACCGUGA